UCACUUCCUUGUUCGUCUCUUUGGCCUCGGGUUGCCAAAAUCGUUUGUGCGCCAUACAUCUUUAUCUUUUCUUCUUUAUUCUGAUCACGCAAACAACCGUAAGAAUUGCGAGUAGCUCUGUGGCGAAGUAGAAAUGUGGAAGGAGGCAUCUUUGGAUUUGGUGCUUGUGCCGACGGGUCUCCUCGUGAUGGUAGCUUACCAUAUCUGGCUUGUCUACGCUAUUUAUCACCGUCCCAAGCUCACUGUUAUUUCGCUUAACGCUGAAACUCGACGACAAUGGGUUUUCUCUAUGAUGACUGAGCCUCUGAAAAACGGUACCUUGGCUGUUCAAACAAUCCGAAACAACAUAAUGGCAUCAACCCUUUUAGCCACAGCAGCAAUCACUCUGUGUUCCAUCAUAGGCGUCUUUGUAAGCAACUCUUCAGCUUCAAAAAACAACCCGACAAGUCUUAUAUAUGGGAGCAAAAGCCCUCGCUUAGCAUCAGUCAAGAACUUUGCAAUCCUGAUCUGCUUCCUCACGGCUUUUCUCUGCAACGUCCAGUCAAUCAGGUACUAUGCUCACGUAAGUUUCCUAGUUACAGUGCCCGUCUCGAGAGGGAAAAGAGAACACUGCGAGUACGUGUCUAGAAACCUGAACCGAGCUAGCUACUUCUGGUCUCUUGGAUUGCGGUCUUUCUACUUCUCCUUCCCGCUCUUCUUAUGGACCUUUGGCCCCAUCCCUAUGUUUGUGUGCUGCUGUAUAAUGUCCUCGAUUCUAUAUUUCUUGGACACGACAACUAGUUUCACCAGGCAUCUCCAUAGCCAGUCGUUCAGAGAAACCGCUGAUUCAAAGGACGAUGAAAUCGAAUCAGCGGUUCAUGCUCUAUAGACUCUUCUCUUAAUUUUGUUGUGUGGGGGUGUUAAUUGAGAUUGUCAAGAGUUACAUAGUUUUCUUGUAAUGUGAUGGAACAAACUUUGGCUGCGAUUGUAUAUUUGCGUCUGAAAAUGCAAACACAAACAAAUAAUCGAAGUCUGUACUGUAGUCUAUGUAAUCUCUUAGGCUUUGUUCCCGUUAUGUAUUCUUCUUAAUGACUGAAA